AUGCAUGUGCUUGCUUUGUUCACAAGUUUUGAUGUUCAAGCGAUUAGUUUCUCUAGGUGUUUUGAGGAAAGAAAAUGGCACACGGGAGUUGUGGUUUAUGGUAAUGAAUACUAUUUUGGAGGCGGCAUACAGAAUGCUUCUGCUGGAACAACACCAUAUGGCACUCCAAUUCGAGUUGUAGAUCUUGGUGUCACACAUGUGCCCAAAGAUGUAUUUGACAUGUAUCUGCAAGAGAUUGGCCCUCGCUACACUGCGGAAAAAUAUAGUCUGCUAACUCAUAAUUGCAACAACUUUAGCAAUGAGGUGGCACAGUUUUUGGUCGGUGCUUCCAUACCAGACUACAUUUUGAACCUCCCCAAUGAAGUUAUGAGCAGCCCAAUGGGUGCUGUCAUAUUGCCUAUGAUACAGCAAUUGGAGACAACAAUGAGAGCAGGUGCGGUUCCCCAGGCUCCACAGUUCAGGCCUUCUACAGCUGCUCCUGUUAAGAAGUCCACAGGCAUUGAAAACAAGGAGUUUCCGAGUAAAACAACACCGGAAGCAAAAUGUGCCAGUUCUGAAGGACAAGAGGAACCGAAGAAGAAUGUAGGCUCCCCUGCGGGUGGAGCACAAGAGGAGUCGUCCCGUAAAAUUGUACGAGACCCUCUUGGAAAUGCUCGAAGCAAAUUACAAGAGGAGAUCAGUGCAGAGUUUGCUGCACUUAUGGCUAGUGGAACGCUACGUGCAAGUGAGGCUGCUGCUCUAGCAACUAAGAGAGUGAUGCAAAGAUAUGGACAUAUGAAUGCCGCGCAGAGCUAG